AUGCAGUCAACAGCAGCUACACCUACCGCAACAUCUUCGCCCACCGGGAGGAAGAAGCCUCGCUGUCGCACCUGUGGAUUACCGAUGGAAGGUCAUCGAAGGGGCGAGUGCGAAGGUUCAACUGAACCUUCUGAAUCGGGCUCUCAAAAUGAUUCGGAUGAUAACGAUUACUUGGCUCGGGCUGGCUCAAAUGGCGAGGUGAAAGAUACUACCUACCCUAAAAUCCCUCGCUCGUCGCCUUUUAGACUAACCAGGGCAUCAUACAAAGCCGCACAGAAUCAUAAUGACGAUCAAUUCGCUGUUGGUGGCGACCGUGAUCCAGGCAUCAGGCCUCCUACCGGUACACCGCCGAAGCAAAAAACAAAAAACUCAAAUCUGAAAUCAAAAAAACUUCCCACUUCUCGCAAUGACGAUGGAGGUUUGGUUGCUGUUGUUCGCACAGACCAAGAAGACUCAUCAUCGUUCGAUGGUCAAGAACAGAAACCACUGUUCACGGCUGUUGAAACCAAUCCCAAAGCAGAAACAUCAACGGUUUCUGCUGUCAAACACGAAGAAGAAGCCUUGCCUUCGCCCAAUGCAAUCAUCUACGCUUCCUCAGACUUCCUUGAACUCGGUGAAGCUGGUGCAGCUCUCCGCGAUAGGUUGCUCGAGAACACCGAAGGGAAAGAAGGUCAUGUUGGUAUGUUCUACACUCCGACUCCAGUGCGGGACAGGAAAUCCUACGCGUACAAGGAAUGGAUUGUCGUGGGACGGGGAGAAGGCUCCGAGGCGCUUGUCAAACAUAUAGUCAGACUCGCGGACUCCCAAUCUGUGUUGAGAAAUAGAGCUCCCGGGACGUUUGUUGUAGGCGGUGAACUGGAGGUCGUUGAGGGUCCGAGGAUAGUAACGAUCCCGCAAUUGGUGUUUGGUAGUUUUGUGGCGGUGGUGCUGUUGAUGUAUGUGCUCUCGACAUUGUAG